AUGUCCCCCCGCUACCUCGUCCUCGUCCGCCAUGGCGAGUCUGCCUGGAACAAAGAAAACCGCUUCACUGGCUGGACAGAUGUGCCUCUGUCUGAGCACGGUUUGAAGGAGGCCCGAGAGGCUGGCGACAUGAUCCGCGAAAAGGGUUUGAAGUUCGACGUGGCCUACACCAGCGUUUUGAAGAGGGCCGUGGAGACUUGCUGGACUGUGCUGAUGCAUUCUAACCAGUGCUAUCUUCCCAUUAAAAACACCUGGAGACUCAAUGAAAGGCAUUACGGCGCUCUGCAGGGCCUCAACAAGGCCGAGACGGCCGCGAAGCACGGGGAGGAGCAGGUGAAGAUAUGGCGCAGGGCCUACGCCGUGCCGCCCCCCCCUCUAGACCCUGAAGAUAAAAGAAAUGCCAAAUUUGAAGAAAAGUAUAAACACCUUCCUCAGGAGGUUUUGCCUUUGACGGAGUGCCUGAAGGACACUGUGGAGAGAGUGCUCCCGUACUAUUUCGACGAGAUUGCCCCGGCUUUGCUGGAGAACAAGAAGGUGUUGGUUGUGGCUCACGGCAACAGCCUGCGAGGGCUUGUGAAGCAUUUGGACAAAAUGUCUGAAGAAGAAGUUUUGGAAUUAAACAUUCCAACAGCAGUGCCAUUGGUUUACGAAUUGGACGAGGGUUUGAAGCCCAUCAAGAAGUACUACUUGCUCGACGAAGCGGAAGUCCAGAAGAGGAUUGCGGCUGUUGCCAACCAGGGCAAGGCGAAGUAA